AUGUCGACAGCUCCCAAUGCCACACCCGCGCUCUUCAGCCCCAUCAAAGUGGGGAACAUGCAACUUCAACAUCGCAUCGCACUCCCUCCUCUCACCCGCUUCCGCUCGGACGAUAACGACGUACCGACCGACCUCAUGGUGGAGCACUAUGCUCAACGCGCAAGCACACCUGGCACACUCCUCAUCGCGGAGGGGACGAUCAUUGCUCCUCAGGCUGGCGGGUAUCCCAAUAUGCCCGGCAUCUGGAAUGAUGAGCAGGUUACAGCGUGGAGGAAGGUCACCGAUGCUGUGCAUGCGAAGAGCAGCUUCAUCUUCCUUCAACUCGGCGCAUUGGGAAGAGCAGCUGUCCCGACCGUACUGCAGAAUGCCGUCGGCGGCCCAUACGACCUUGUCGCACCCAGUGCGAUCCCCGUUGAUAGCGAUAGUCCGAUCCCACGAACUCUGAGUAUGGAGGAGAUCAAGGAGUACGUGCAACUGUACGUUCAAGCGGCGAAGAAUGCUAUCCAGGCCGGCUUUGACGGCGUUGAGAUACUCGGAGCGAACGGCUACCUCGUCGACCAGUUCUUGCAAUCCAACUCCAACGAGCGCACGGACGAGUACGGCGGUAGCAUCGAGAACCGCAUCCGCUUCGUGAUUGAAAUCGUCGACGCUGUCGCGAUUGCGAUCGGCCCUGAGCGCACGGCGUUGAGGCUGAGCCCAUGGUCAACGGCGCUCGCUAUGCGCAUGGCCGACCCGAUCCCAACAUUCAGCGCUCUCGUCAAGCACCUCGCAGCGCACCAGCCCCAUCUCGCGUACCUGCACUUCAUCGAGCCGCGCGUCAAUGGAACGGAAGACGCCGAGCUUGUCGGGGAGAACGACAGCAACGACUUCGCACGCGGAGUCUGGAGUCCGCGGCCGCUCGUGCUUGCGGGCGGGUUCACGCGCGAGACGGCGUUGAAUGCGGCGGAGUUAGGGGAGAAGAAUGUGAUUGUUGCGGUGGGGCGGUGGUAUACGUCGAACCCGGAUUUACCGAGGAGGUGGAUGAGGGGCGUUGAGCUUACGCCGUAUGAGAGGGCGACGUUCUAUACGAAGGGAGUGAAGGGGUAUAACGAUUGGGGGAUGUGGCGGGAGACUGUAGAGUAG